CGGCGGAAUUUUUUUUUUCUCGGUAACAGCUUCAGUUGAAAGGCUCUGACUUCACCUCUCCUUUCGGAUAGUAGCAGCAUUUCUCAGUGUUUCUCCUUGUUUCCCAGAGUCCUGUUUUUGUGAGUUGCUCAGUCCUGUCUCUGUGACGGACUGAAGUAAGGAACGGGUUACCCCCUGUUGAUGGAGAGCGGGAAGCAUUUGGUUCUUCCUUGGUCAUAGGUUGAGCUUCAGGUGCGAGGGUUUUUCUUCCACAAACGAACUCUAUGAAUUAUAGCUGUAUGAAUUAGCAGCAUUGAAAGCAGAUUCAUAUUCUGUGGAAGGAGAAUGUCUGAUUCUGCGUGAUGGAGUCGAGAAGAAAAAAAAACAAAAACAAAAACAGUGAGAUCUGGUGUUGGAGGUAUUUCCUUCCUGAUUUCUUUUUUCAGGAAGGAGGGGCCUGGAACUCGUGUAUAGCUUUAACCAAACCCGUUCGUGAAUCUUUGUUUUGUUCUUAGUUGAUUUAGAAUGGAAACGAAUGUGAAAGGUUCCUUUGACUCUUUUUUUUUCUGAGUAGAAAAAAGAAAUUGCCGCCCCUUUUGGGGAGAAUGCAAGAGUGGGAGUAGAUGGCUUUCUUUAUGCAUCCUGGCUGGCAGUUCGUUCCGUUUUGGUCUUCAUGGGCUCUAUUUCGUAGACUGGUGAGAGUGUUGAAAGAGUUCUAUUUCAGAGAUUUUUUUAUUUUUAUCUCCUCUUGGUGCAAAGAUAUUGGGCAUUUUAGUAGAAGUCGGGUAUAUAUCGAUAGCAGCAUUUUUUUCAAAUUGGUUUGCUAUGAUAAACAUCUGAGAUAGGAUGGUAACCCAUAUCAGGGAGAUUGGCCAGAGGAGGGUUUAGGCACUUGAAUCAAGCCCAUUUGCACAUUGAUUAGUGGUCAGCACCAUUUCAAGCGCUGUACUUUUGUUGUAAGUUUUCAUUAUUGUUUCCUUCAAGGCAUACCUUAUCCACAUCAUUAAGAAAUACUUGGAUGAAUAGUUUCCUAACGAACUGCCGUGCUUUGCACAUUGAUUUUAGGAAAAAAGGAAACUUAGAAUGACUUGUAUAAAUGUAAAUCUGUAUAAACUAAGGAAACAUUAGGUGUAUCUUAGGAAAGGCUGUCAAAUAUUUGAAGUCCUGAAAGUUUCCUUUGAGAGUUUCAGCUGCAUCUUUAUUUGUACCCGUAAUUGAAUCCUGUAACAAUUAGCUCCCUGACUUCAAGAAGCAUGCAAUUGCUCUCGUCCCGCUUGUAUUAAUGAACCUGAUGGCUUUGUUUUUUCGGGAUAUGAUAUAUUCCCGUUUCCUCGCUGAGAGCCUGUGGUUGAAGAUGCUUUUGAACAAAAAGGAUAAGAUAAACAAGAAGCUACAGGGCAAAAUAUGUGUUUUAAUUUACGUAUAAUGAGAAUUACAAGUGAAGAGUUUGCCGUGCGGUUAAAGAACCACGCGCACGGAAUGCCUGUGCCUUCCUCCCGGUGGUGACAGCGUGGAGGAUGAAGGCAGAGAUCGGCUGGAGCAAUGCGGAGGCAGGAGAUCGGCGCUGGACGAAAAGCGGCGUCUCCGCGGCGACUGUCCCCUGCAGGGAGCAAGGCGGGGCGGGCAGCGCUCGGUGCCUGCAGUGCCGGGCGGAGGCUGCGGGCGCCGCUGUUGACCGAGAGGAGCGAGAGGAAGCUCGGAGCGCUGCAGCCCCGCCCGCUGCGGACCCGCUCGAUCGCUCGCUCGCUUAGUGUCAGGCUCGGCUGCCGGGAGGUCUCCGAGCGUGUCCGCCGUGCAAAGCCGUUGUGCAGGGAGGCCGAGGGGCCAGCCAUAGCAGCCGGGAGCGACGACUAGGCGCUUGAGUGGAAAGCGGAGGAGCAUUGCCGCCACCGAGAUGUGCGCGGCGGGGAGGCGCUGGGGCCGGCGGCAGCGAGCUCUGCUCGGGGCCGUCCUGCUGGCGGCGUGGCAGGCGGCGUGGGGGCAGCUGCGCUACUCGGUGCCCGAGGAGAUGCCCAAGGGCUCGUUCGUGGGCGACGUGGUCAAGGACCUGGGGCUGCGGCUGCUGGAGCUUAGCGAUGGCGGCGUCCGGGUUGUUACCGAAGGUAGGACGCAGUAUUUCGCUCUGCAUGGGAAGACGGGACAUUUAGUGACGGCAGAGAGGAUCGACAGAGAGCAGCUGUGCGAACGUGUGCAGCAAUGCGUGCUGCGCUGUGAACUCAUAGUAGAAGGGGAAAUGAAAUUUUAUGAAAUUGAAGUGGAAAUCACGGAUAUUAAUGACAACGCGCCCAGCUUCAAGGAAAUGGAGCUGGAGCAGAGAAUGAGCGAGAUGACAGCUCCAGGGUCGCGGUUUCCCCUGGCCGAGGCUCACGACCUGGAUUCAGGCCGUAAUUCCCUGCAGAGCUACGAGCUGAGCGGCGACGAGCACUUCUCGCUGGCCGUGCAGGCGGGCCCCGGCGGCGAUCAGCGUCCCGAGCUGGUGCUGGCCAAGGCGCUGGACCGGGAGGAGGCGGCGUUUCACGAGCUGGUGCUGAGGGCGAUGGACGGCGGCGAUCCGGCACGGACGGGCACGGCUCGGAUCCGCGUGACGGUGCUGGACGCAAAUGACAACGCGCCCGUGUUCAGCCAGGCGGAGUACACGGUGCGAGUGCCCGAGGACGUGCCCGUGGGCUCCGUAAUCAUUGCUGUCACGGCCAUGGACAACGACGAGGGACUUUUUGGUAACGUGAAAUACUCCUUUAAGAAAGUAACGGACAAAGCAUCGAAGACGUUCCAUCUUGACUCUCAGACUGGAGCUAUAACGCUAUUGCGCAGCCUGGACUUCGAGGAAGGCAACUCCUAUGAGCUGGAGGUGCAGGCACAGGAUGGUGGCGGCCUGUCUGACACUGCCGAAGUCGCCAUAAUUGUCACAGACGUAAACGAUAAUGUGCCGGUUAUUUCUGUGCGGUCAGCACUAAGUGAGAUUUCUGAAGACGCCCCUUCGGGGACGGUGGUGGCUCUGUUGCACGUAAAUGAUCGAGAUUCGGGGGCUAACGGCCAGGUGCGCUGCUCGCUCGCCGAUGACGUCCCGUUCCGCCUUCAAAGCUCGCAGGGCAAUUACUACAGCGUGGUGACAGCGAGCGAGCUGGACCGGGAGCAGGUGUGGGAGUACAACGUGACGGUGCGGGCGGCGGACGGCGGGUCGCCGUCGCUGCAGAGCAGCGCGGUGCUGGCGCUGCGGGUGCUGGACGUGAACGACAACGCGCCGGUGUUCUUGGAGGAGCGCUACAGCGCGCGGCUGGCGGAGAACAACGCGGCGGGCGCGCUGGUGCUGACGGUGCGCGCCACGGACGCGGACUGGGGGCAGAACGCGCGCGUGCGCUACCGGCUGGCGGAGGGGCGGGUGCGGGGCGCGCCGCUGUCGUCGUACGUGUCGGUGCAGGCGGAGACGGGCGCGCUGUACGCGCUGCGCUCCUUGGACUACGAGCAGGUGCGCGAGCUGCAGCUGUGGGUGCGGGCGGAGGACGGCGGCGCGCCGGCGCUGAGCAGCAACGUGUCGGUGCGGCUGCUGAUCGUGGACGAGAACGACAACGCGCCGCAGGUGCUGUACCCGCCGGCGGGCGCAGCGGCGGGCUCGGGCGCGGCGUGGUCGGGCGUGGAGCUGGCGCCGCGCCGGUCGGAGGCCGGCGCGCUGGUGGCCAAGGUGGUGGCGGUGGACGCGGACGCGGGGCAGAACGCGUGGCUGUCCUACGAGCUGGCCAAGGCCACGGAGCCGGGGCUGUUCCGCGUGGGGCUGCACAGCGGCGAGGUGCGCACGGCGCGCUCGCCGCUGGCCCGCGACGCGGCGCGCCACAGCCUGGUGGUGCUGGUGCGGGACCACGGGCGGCCGGCGCUCUCGGCCACGGCCACGCUGAGCGUGGUGCUGGCCGAGAGCGUGGCCGAGCUGCUGGCCGAGCUGGGCAGCGCGGCCGACGAGGCGGCGGCGCCGGGCGAGCCGGCCGCCAGCCUGACGCGCUGGCUCGUGCUGGCCGUGGCCGCCGUGUCGUGCCUCUUCGUGGCCUUCCUGCUGCUGCUGCUGGCGCUGCGCCUGCGCCGCUGGCACCGCCAGCACCUGCUGCCGGCCGACAGCGGCGCCCUGCGCGGCGUGCCCGUGUCGCACUUCGUGGGCAUCGACGGCGUGCGCGCCUUCCUGCAGUCCUACUCGCACGACGUGUCGCUCACGGCCGACUCGCGCAAGAGCCAGCUGCGCUUCUCGGCCGCCAGCUGCUGCGACACCCUCCCGGCCCGCCCGCCGCCCGACGAGCCCGCGCCGCUGCUCGGGGACCAGGACCCCGCCGGCGCCCUGCCCGCGCCUUCUGCCCCUCCCUCGGUGAGUUUCUCUCUCCGCAUUUUCCCCGCGACGCUUUCUUCUGAUGCUCUCCUGCCCUUUCCCCGGCGUGUCCUCGGUCUUGCAUAGGAGAUUUUGCUUCAAGCAUAGUGGAUUUUCUGUCGAUGA